UUUGGCCUAUAAAAUAGACGGAGCCGUCGAAGGCGUUUUCUGGAGCUCUUCCCGUCCUCCGCCUCCGCCCCCCGCUACAAGCGCCGGAGACGAAUUUGGUCUAGAUUCUAAAGAAAAGUCUGCUGGUUGAUAUUUCGGCAAUUACGGAUGCUAUUGCUAAUAAUAAUUUGUUUUGAGAGAAAACUACUCCACGUUCGCUCUGUUGUAUUAGUACACCGAUCUCGCUCUGCAGUCUGCUCACAUAGCAAAAUAAUGGCCCCAGCGGCGACAGCUCGGCACGUGGUCGCCGUGCCAUACCCCGGCCGUGGUCACAUCAACCCCAUGCUCGUCGUGUGCCGCCUGCUCGCCGCCGCGGACGCCGCCGUCAGCAUCACCGUCGUCGUCACGGAGGAGUGGCACGCGCUGCUUGCCGCCGCGGGGGUGCCCGACGCGCUCCCCGACCGCGUCCGCCUCGCCACCAUCCCCAACGUCAUCCCCUCAGAGCGGGACCGCGGCGCCGACUUCGCAGGCUUCGUCGAGGCCGUGCAGGUCAAGAUGGUGGGGCCCGUCGAGCGGCUGCUGGACCGCCUGACGCUGGAGCGGAAGCCGGACGCCAUCGUGGCCGACACCUUCCUGACUUGGGGCGUGACGGCCGGAGCUGCGCGGGGGAUACCGGUGUGCUCGCUGUGGACGCAGCCGGCCACGUUCUUCUUGGCGCUCUGGCACCUGGACCGAUGGCCGCCGGUUGAUGAAGAAGGCCUAAGCUGCAAAUCCUUGGAUCAAUAUUUCCCAUUCCCAGCCCUCUCGUCAGUAAAAUGUUCUGACAUCAAGAUCUUCCGCUCCAUGGUACUGCCAAUGAAACGAUUAGCAGAAGUGUUCUCCAACGUGCGCAAGGCACAGUGUGUCCUCUUCACCUCCUUCUAUGAGCUUGAAACCGGUGCCAUCAAUGGAACAAGGCAAGUGGUUCCUUGCCCCAUAUAUACAGUUGGUCCUUCAAUUCCAUAUCUGUCACUGAAGGGUGAUUCAGCCAAGCUUCACCAUGAGAACUACUUUGAUUGGCUGGAUUGCCAACCAAGAAACUCGGUAUUGUACGUAUCAUUUGGCAGCUAUGUUUCGAUGCCUUCGUCUCAGUUGGAAGAGGUUGCUUUGGGGCUGCAUGAAAGCACAGUUAGGUUCGUCUGGGUGGCCCGGGACAGAGCUACCACCACCACCCUCCAGCAGAUCUCUGGUGACAAGGGUUUGGUGGUGCCAUGGUGUGACCAGCUGAAGGUCCUGUGCCACCCCUCCAUCGGUGGCUUCCUGAGCCAUUGUGGAUGGAACUCGACCCUGGAGGCCGUGUUCGCUGGAGUGCCAAUGCUUGCUUUUCCCGUUUUUUGGGAUCAGUUGGUGAUUGGUCAUCUCGUAGCCGAUGAAUGGAAGAUUGGCAUCAACUUGAGGGAACAGAGAAGGGAGGAUGGUGUUGUCAGCAGGGCCGCAAUCUCUGAUGCUGUAACAAAGCUUAUGGAUUUGAGUGAUGAUGAUAGCCUAGAGAUGAGAAGAAGGGCUGCAGAAUUGCGGGAGGCUUCACUCGGCGCAAUUCAGGAAGGUGGAUCUUCACGGUGUUCUUUGAACAAUUUCUUUACAGAUAUCAUCGAAGGAAGACUGAAUGUUGCAGAAACUUCGCUGUAGGUUUUUGCUUAAAUUUGUGGAGUCAGUGACAGAAACGUUGCUCGUAGGCAAAAACAUUGUGCUCCUGCAAAUAAGGUAUGGGGCUCGUCUCAUGUUCACGCAUUUUCACCCCACCCGCAACAAUUAUACAAGGUGCGGCUUGAAAUCAUUAUUGCCACACACCUAUAGUUGUACACUUUCUGGAGCUGAAAACAGAAGACAUGAUGCUGUCUGUAGCAAAGAUGGGGGACAGCGAUAAUCAUGUCACAAAAAUUAUGUGCCUGGGAAAACUUGUGCAGGAACUUAUGCUUCAUAAUACUACUAUUGUGGAAUAAUGAAGUGCUUUGUAUCGUA